AUGGAAACAUGGCCAUCAGAAGUUGUUCGUGCAUUUAAUAGAUCAAAAUUCAAUCGCGAUGAAACGAAAAAAUAUGAAUUAGUGUUGUAUAAACCAAUCGAACCAAUCUUACAAGAAGGUCCUCAAUGUGGAAUUGUUGCUUUAGCAAUGGCAAUGAGUAAUCAUUCGUGUGAUGUAAAAGUGCAAAGUAUCUUUGAAAAAGCAAAGGAGCUGUUAUAUACCAUUCAAGGUGAAUUAUUUGAUGCUCAUGUCAUACCACAUCUUUGUGAGCAAUUUAAUUUGACAGCAACUGUUCACAAAUGGGCAAAAGUAACGGAUCUUGUUGAUUGUCUUCAAUCCGGCUGUAUCUGUCUUGUUCCAUAUGACUCAGAUGCUAAUCACGAACCAUGUUUGAAGAAAGGUCAUCGAGCACAUUGGCUUCUUGUUCAUGGUUAUCUGAAGGAAUUGACAUCAUCUUCAUCGAACGAAUAUGAUCUAGUGUUAGUACAGCAUGGAAAAAACAUCGAUCCUAAACGGCGAACAGACUCUGAAUACUGUCUGCCGAAAGAUGCAUCGCUCAAAGAAACCUUGUGCAAUUUAUUCGUAGCAAUAUAA